GGGGGGGACAACAAGGGGGAGGAGGAAGAGGAGAGAAGGAAGAUCGGACGCCUGGACUCCAUUAAGACCGAGCCUGCUGGAAAAGUGCUUGGGAAUACUGCACUUCUUCUCGGGUCAUUCGUCGGGAUUUUUUUCCUCUCUCUAUUUUCGGGCCGUCUUCCCCACCCCUGAGCCCACAUCCUAUAUGUUCUAAAGAAAGACAACGCAGUUUUGUAUCGUGUCGUCGAGCGUUUGAGUGUCUUUAUUGUGAAGGAAUGGCGCUGGACGGGAUCCGGAUGCCGGAUGGCUGCUACGCCGACGGGACGUGGGAGCUGAAGAUGCACGUCACCGACCUCCACCGCGAUGUUUCGCUGAGGGUCACCGGUGAGAUCCACAUCGGCGGGGUCAUGCUCAAACUGGUGGAGAAAUUAGAUGUGAAGAAGGACUGGUCAGACCACGCGCUAUGGUGGGAGAAAAAGAAAACGUGGCUGCUGAAGACCCACUGGACGCUCGACAAGUACGGCAUCCAGGCCGACGCUCGGCUGCUCUUCACGCCGCAGCACAAGCUUCUACGCCUCCAGCUGCCCAACAUGAAACACAUGAAGGUCAAAGUCAACUUCUCCGACCGCGUCUUCAAAGCCGUAUCCGACAUCUGCAAGACCUUCAAUAUUCGUCACCCAGAGGAGUUAUCUCUACUGCGCAAGCCGCGUGAUCCCAAAAAGAAGAAGAAAAAGCUGGACGAGGCUGAGGAGGAUGAUCUGGAGGUGGAGGGACCGCUGUUAACCCCUGGAUCAGGAAGCAUCUACUCCAGCCCCGGCUUAUACAGUAAAACCAUGACCCCCACGUACGACUCGAGGGACGGCAGCCCGCUGUCACCCACGUCCGCCUGGUUCGGCGACAGCCCCCUUUCGGAGGGCAACCCCGGCAUCCUCGCCGUCAGCCAACCCAUCGCCUCCCCGGACAUCUUGGUCAAGCUCUACAAACCGCAGUCUCUGCUGGACAAGGCUAAGAUCAACCAGGGGUGGUUGGACUCCUCCAGGUCUCUGAUGGAGCAAGAUGUCAAAGAGAAUGAGGUGUUGCUGCUUAGGUUUAAAUACCACAGUUUCUUUGACCUCAACCCAAAGUAUGACGCCAUAAGGGUGAACCAGCUCUACGAGCAGUCAAAAUGGGCCAUCCUGCUGGAGGAAAUCGAGUGCACAGAGGAAGAAAUGAUGAUGUUUGCCGCUUUGCAGUACCACAUCAACAAGCUAUCCGUAAUGUCGUCGGACAACCACAUGAACAACAGCGAGAAGGAGGUGGAUGAGGUGGACGCCGCCCUCUCCGACCUGGAGAUCACGCUGGAGGGAGGCAAGACGUCCAACGCCCUGGGUGACAUCACUUCCAUUCCCGAGCUAGCAGACUACGUCAAGGUCUUCAAACCCAAGAAGCUGACACUGAAGGGCUACAAGCAGUAUUGGUGCACAUUCAAAGACAUCACAAUUUCCUGUUACAAGAGCAAAGAGGAGGCACAUGGAACGCCCGCUCACCAAAUGAACCUCAGAGGCUGUGAGGUGACCCCGGAUGUGAACAUAUCAGGUCAGAAAUUCAACAUCAAGCUGCUAAUCCCUGUGGCAGACGGAAUGAACGAGAUCUGGCUGCGGUGCGAUACGGAGAAGCAGUAUGCCCACUGGAUGGCCGCCUGUCGUCUGGCGUCCAAAGGAAAGACGAUGGCGGACAGCUCUUACAACUUGGAAGUGCAGAACAUCCUGUCCUUUCUAAAGAUGCAGCACAUGAACCCCGACCCGCAGUUCAUCGAGCCCAUCACCACAGACAUCAACCCCGAGUGCCUUGUGUCACCGCGCUACCUGAAGAAGUACAAGAACAAGCAGCAAGGCUUAAUCAGGGAUUUGAUCUCAGCCCGCAUCCUUGAAGCCCACCAGAACGUGGCCCAGAUGAGUCUGAUUGAGGCCAAGAUGCGCUUCAUCCAAGCGUGGCAGUCGCUGCCAGAGUUUGGAAUCACUCACUUUCUGGCCAAGUUCCAAGGCGGCAAGCGCGACGAGCUGAUCGGCAUCACGUACAACCGCCUGAUCCGCAUGGACGCCGGCACCGGGGACGCCAUCAAGACCUGGCGCUUCAGCAACAUGAAACAGUGGAACGUCAACUGGGAGAUCAAGAUGGUGACCGUGGAGUUUGCGGACGAGCCCAGCCUGUCGUUCAUCUGCGCCGAGGUGGACUGCAAGGUGGUGCACGAGUUUAUCGGGGGUUACAUCUUCCUGUCCACGCGGGCCAAGGACCAGAACGAGACUCUGGACGACGACAUGUUCUACAAGCUCACCAGCGGCUGGGUCUGACUGGACCUCAUGAGUAGGACCACCGCCCGCUCACUUUAUCAGAACAGAGUCCACGGAUUUGCCACGUUCCUGGUUCGCACUAGUAAAGUGCGUUACAUGGUGGCUAGUUGAGUUUUCUGGCACUAGUACCAUGCACGUUUGCCUCACUAGUAACAUGGAGUUGUCUUAUUAGAGAGGACAAAAAGCGAUGGACAUCAACUUAAAUAUUGAAUAAAUGGUAAAUACUAUACUAGUUAUUCAAUAUUCUUGGUAUCCACGUAUAGUUAUGACAGUUCAGUGUAC